AUGCCGCAGCUGGACGCGGGCGGGGGCGGCGCGGGCGGCGGCGACGACCUCGGCGCGCCCGACGAGCUGCUGGCCUUCCAGGACGAGGGCGAGGAGCCGCACGCCAAGAGCCGCGGCAGCGCCGCCGGCCCCGAGCGCGACCUGGCCGAGCUCAAGUCCUCGCUCGUGCACGAGUCCGAGGGCGCCGGCGGGCGCGGCCGGGGGGCCCCGGGGGGCGGCCGAGGUGAGCGGGCCCGGGCACAGGCUCUCGGGCGGGAACACCCUUCGCAGCGCCUUUUCCCGGACAAGCUUCCCGAGUCCCUGGAGGAUGGCCUGAAGGUUCCAGAGUGUGCCAGCGGCAUGUACAAAGACACCGUCUACUCUGCCUUCAACCUGCUCAUGCACUACCCACCCGCCUCGGGAGCUGCGCAGCACCCGCAGUCGCAGCCCCCACUGCACAACAAAGCCAGCCAGCCCACCCACGGCAUCCCCCAACUCUCUCCUCUUUAUGAACAUUUCAGCAGUCCACACGCCACAGCUGCACCAGCUGACAUCAGCCAGAAGCAAGUCCACAGACCUCUGCAGACACCUGACCUCUCUGGUUUCUACUCUCUGACCUCAGGCAGCGUGGGACAGCUCCCCCAUACUGUGAGCUGGCCCAGCCCUCCUCUGUACCCCUUGUCCCCCUCCUGCGGAUAUAGACAGCACUUCCCUGCCCCCACCACAGCCCCUGGCGCCCCCUACCCCAGGUUCACCCACCCAUCCCUGAUGCUAGGCUCUGGUGUGUCUGGUCACCCUGCGGCCAUCCCCCACCCGGCCAUUGUGCCUCCCUCAGGGAAGCAGGAGCUGCAGCCCUAUGACCGCAACCUGAAGAUGCAGGCAGAGUCCAAGACAGAGAAGGAGGCUAAGAAACCAACCAUCAAGAAGCCACUGAAUGCUUUCAUGCUGUACAUGAAGGAGAUGAGAGCCAAGGUCAUUGCAGAAUGUACACUCAAGGAAAGCGCUGCCAUUAAUCAGAUCCUGGGCCGCAGGUGGCAUGCACUAUCACGGGAAGAACAGGCCAAGUACUACGAGCUGGCACGGAAGGAGAGGCAGUUACACAUGCAGCUAUAUCCAGGAUGGUCAGCACGGGAUAACUACGGUAAGAAGAAAAGGAGGUCACGAGAAAAGCAGCAAGAAUCCAACACAGGAGGAAAAAGAAAUGCAUUCGGUACUUACCCGGAGAAGGCCGCUGCCCCAGCCCCGUUCCUUCCGAUGACAGUGCUCUAGGCUGCCCUGGGUCCCCAGCCCCCCAGGACUCACCCUCAUACCUCCUGCUGCCCCACUUUCCCACAGAACUGCUUGCUAGUCCUGCAGAGUCAGCACCAACAUCACCAGGCCUUUCGGUUGCUCUCAGCCUCCCAGCCCCCUGGG